AAUGGAGAUCAGCGAUCCUGAGAGAAAGAGGCAUCUGUCAAAUCUCCCUCAAGAACUGUCUUUCAGGGGGAUCCCUCAGGAAAAUCCAAUUCAGGAUACCUCAGGAGGGAAUCAUAGAAGGAAGUCGACUCUUUGUUUAGGGGGAGCAGAAACCAUGAUUGAACCUCCAACUCAGGAGGUUCUUCUGCCCUUUGAGGAAGUGGCAGUUUAUUUCUCCGAGGAGGAGUGGUCUCAACUGGAUCCUGACCAAAAAGCUCUGCAUUGGGAAGUCAUGCUGGAGAAUUAUAAGAAUGUGGCCUCUCUUGGUGAUAAUGAGAAUUAUAAUAAAGACUCUGCAGAACCAAUCAAAGUGUUCAGAAAAGGAGAUGCAAUGAAGAAACCUGCAAUUCAAACAGAUUUCCAAAGGCAGGAGAGAAACCUGUUGAAUAACUGGAAUAAGGAAAGCUCAUGUCCUUCGAUUGUUACCAAGAUGCAGAACUUUUCUGAUCAACAAGAAAAACUAAAGAAGAAAUAUAUUGAAAAGCCAUAUAAAUGCAUGGAGUGUGGAAAGGGUUUCAGAAGAAACUGUGAACUUACAUCCCAUCAAAGGAUCCACACGGGGGAGAAGCCAUAUAAAUGCAUGGAGUGUGGAAAGGGCUUUAGUCAAAAGAGCAAACUUAUUACCCAUCAAAGGAUCCACACAGGGGAGAAGCCAUAUAAAUGCAUGGAGUGUGGAAAGGGCUUCAGAACAACAAAAGAUCAUGCAACCCAUCAAAGGAACCACACAGGGGAAAAGCCAUAUAAAUGCAUGGAAUGUGGGAAGGACUUCAGAGCAAGCAGUAAACUUAUACGCCAUCAAAGGAUCCACACAGGGGAGAAGCCAUAUAAAUGCAUGGUGUGUGGAAAGGACUUUAGCCAAAACAUUCACCUUACUACCCAUCAAAGGAUCCACACAGGAGAGAAGCCAUAUAAAUGCAUGGAGUGUGGAAAGGGUUUCAGAAGAAACUGUAAACUUAUAUUCCAUCAAAGGAUCCACACAGGUGAGAAGCCAUAUAAAUGCAUGGAGUGUGGAAAGGGCUUCAGAAAAAGCAAUAAACUUACAUCCCAUCAAAGGAUGCACACAGGGGAGAAGCCAUAUAAAUGCAUGGAGUGUGGAAAGAGCUUCAGAAUAAGCAGUGGUCUUACAUCCCAUCAAAGGAUCCAUACAGGGGAGAAGGCAUAUAAAUGCAUGGAGUGUGGAAAGGACUUUAGCCAAAACAUUCACCUUAUUAACCAUCAAAGGAUCCACACAGGGGAGAAGCCAUAUAAAUGCAUGGAGUGUGGAAAGGGCUUCAGAAGAAGCAGUGAUCUUACAUCCCAUCAAAGGAUCCACACAGGGGAGAAGCCAUAUACCAUAGUUUUUGGAUCAAAAAUGGAGCUUGCGAGAGCCAUGUGCAACUCUCCCGAGCUCCAUUUUCACUGUCGAUGGUUGGGACCAGAAAAGCACACAAAAGUGCAGAUGCUGGACCUGGUGGUUCUGGAGCAGUUCCUGGCCCUUCUGCCCCUGCAGAUGGAGAGCUGGUCUUUCGCAAUGGAGAUCAGAGAUCCUGAGAGAAAGAGGUAUCCAUCAAAUCUUCCUCAAGAAGUGUCAUUCAGGGGGAUCCCUCAGGGAGAUCCAAUUCAGGACACCUCAGGAGGGAAGAAUAGAAGGAAGUCGACUCUUUGUUUUGGGGGAGCAGAAACUAGGAUUGAACCUCCAAGUCAGGAGGUUUUUCUGUCCUUUGAGGAGGUGGCUGUUUAUUUCUCCGAGGAGGAGUGGUCUCAGCUGGAUCCUCACCAAAAAGCUCUGCAUUGGGAAGUCAUGCUGGAGAAUUAUAAGAAUGUGGCCUCUCUUGGUUUUAUGCCUCAUCAAUAG